UAUUUUUCUUACUUUUUAAGGUGGACAUGCCGGUACGAAAAACAUGAUGCAUAAUCCUGUGAUAAACAGAAACUUCGCACUGCAUUUUUAUAAAACUUUGCGCAUUGUAGUAUCUAUUUAAUAUAGAGUACCGAUACCAUAUUGACCUAAAAAUUAAAAUUCGAUCCAGAUAUACCAUACUUAUCAGAAAUUGUAUACACAUCAAAUCGGAAACUGUAAAAUGCCUUUAGUCGCGGAAACGGAUUUCACCAUCAAGAAGCAUGAUUAUCCAUUUGCCGAACAUCACCGGCUGGAUUCUCGUGAUCUGCCGAAGUACCAUGACCCGGCGUAUCCCGAUGCACUAGAUUUUGUACUCCAAGCGGUUUAUAAUAAUGCAACGGAAUUCGAUGCCGAUGCAGCUCGGACGAAAAGUCAAAACCAAAGUAGCAAAGAAUUCAACAAGUGCAACUGCCGAAAAAUUGAAACUGCAACCACAGCGACACCCAAAAGCCUUACUACUGGACAUGUGCACCUUUAUAUGCAGCAUAACAAUAUCAGAGGAGCCGGACCCAUAAGAGUGGCAGAAAUGGUGCAAAGAAACCAUGAGAAUCAAUACAAAUGUUAUACAGAUUCAAUUCACGCAUCGCAAACCAAUAACGGAUAUUCUCGCCAAUCCGGAGGUGGAUUUUUCCGUUGGUCCUAGAAAGCGGACCGGAAAUCAACUUUUGAAUCGUGGAACAAACUGGAUGCCGAUUUGCUUUCCAAAAGCCUUAUGUUUCUGUGUAUGUUUAUUAAUUAUCGUUUACGUACUUGCUUUAAAUGUUUUUGAGCUGUUAAGACCGAAAUUUGGAAUGUGGAUUGCGACUGAGGAUUGAUGGAAUUGUA